CUUCAGAGCAGGGGCAAUGAUAACCAUGGUCCCUGUGCUGCUGUCCCUGCCUCUUCUUUUGGGUACUGCAGUCCCCCCAGAAACCUCAGCCGGUGCUCACCAUGCUCUGACCUUUCUCUACACCGGGGUGUCCAGGCCCAGCAAAGGCUUUCCCAGGUUUCAGGCCCUAGCCUUCCUCAAUGACCAGGCCUUCUUCCACUAUGACAGCGAGAGCCAGCAGGCACAGCCCCUGGGCCUGUGGAGCCAGGUAAGAGGAAUGGAAGACUGGAAGGAGGAGAGCCGGCUUCAGAAAGCCAGAGAGAUAUUCUUCCUGAUGACCCUGAGAGACAUCAUGGAUUAUUACCAGGACAGCGAAGGGUCUCACACCUUCCAGGGCAGGUUCGGUUGCGAGUUCUGGAGUAACGGAAGCAGUGGAGCAUUCUGGAGUUACGCGUACGAUGGAGAGGACUUCAUCAGAUUCAACAAAGACAUCCCAGCCUGGAUUCCCUUGGACAUAGCAGCCCAGGAAACGAAGAAGAAAUGGGAGGCAGAGAAGGUCUAUGUGCAUCAGGCCAAGGCAUACCUGGAGGAAGAGUGUCCUGGAAUCCUGCGGAGGUACCUGAACUACAGCAGGACCCAGCUGGAUCAGCAAGACCCUCCUUCUGUACGGAUCACAAGCCGUGUGGUCCCUGGAAGACACAGGACCCUCAAAUGCCUAGCGUAUGAUUUCUAUCCACAAGGAAUCAGCCUGCACUGGAACCAGGCCCACGUAGCCCAGGAGUCUGAAUCAGAGAGGGUCAUUCUUCCCAGCGGGAAUGGCACUUACCAGGCCUGGGUGCUGAUGAGGAUUGACCCUCAGGACAGAGGCCCCCACAAGUGCAGCGUACAGCACCCGGCCCUGCCCCAGCCCCUCACAGUGCAGUGGCAUGAGAGGUAGAGAGCCAGGGCCAAGGUGGAGGACUUGGCUCCAUGAGAGGGAGAUGUCACCAAGAUCCCUGGGGAAGCAGCACAAAGGAUGGCGCAAAUCCAGGUGAUAGAUUUCAAGGCAGAAGGCUUGGAGAUCACGCCCUCUGCCAAAUAUCACUCCCUUGUUUAACAAAAUAAUACUAAUUGUCCCAUCUGUAACCCCCCCUCUCAAAAUCAUCCCUUUGACGGAGCCCUGAGGACUCAACACCUGUCAUCCUAACUCCUCAGGACGCUGAGAUCUGAGAAUUGCAGUUCAAAGCCAACCCCGGCAGGAA